GACUGCAGACACAGUACAGGAGAUGACCAGAGACUGCGGACAAAGUACAGGGGAUGACCAAGAGACUGCGGACAUAGUACAGGGGAUGACCAGAGACUGCGGACAUAGUACAGGAGAUGACCAGAGACUGCGGACAUAGUGCAGGGGAUGACCAGAGACUGCGGACACAGUGCAGGAGAUCACCAGAGACUGCGGACAGUACAGGGAAUGACCAGAGACUGCGGACAGUGCAGGGAAUGACCAGAGACUGCAGACAGUGCAGGGAAUGACCAGAGACUGCAGACAGUGCAGG